AUGAAUCCAGAACCAGAUAAUGGCUACCCAAUUACUUUACCGCUCUUGGAUGGCGUAUGUGAGAAGGGACUGGACUCUACUCAUCACUCGCACGCCAUUCCAGGCUCUACGUCUUUCUUCAAAACCUGCUUCAAUGGACUCAAUGCUUUGUCAGGUGUAGGAAUAUUGUCAGUACCAUAUGCACUGGCUUCAGGGGGGUGGUUGAGCUUGAUACUUCUCUUCGUUAUUGCGAGCCUAACCUUCUAUACGGGCUUGUUAAUUCAAAGAUGCAUGGAUAUGGAUCCAAAUAUAAGAAGCUAUCCCGACAUUGGCUAUCUUGCAUUUGGAUUUAAAGGAAGAGCAUUCGUGUCCAUUACGAUGAAUUUGGAACUCUACUUGGUGGCAAUAGGUUUCUUGAUCCUAGAAGGGGACAAUUUACAUAAUAUAUUUCCGAACAUGGAUUUCGAAAUUGCUGGUCUUGUUAUCGGUGGAAGACAGGGUUUCGUAAUCAUUGUUGGCCUCAUUAUAUUGCCUACUGUUUGGUUGAACAACAUGAGCAUUCUUUCAUAUAUAUCUGCUAGUGGAGUUUUAGCUUCUUUUAUAUUAUUGGCGUCAAUGCUAUGUGCUGGUGCAUUUGACGGCAUCGGAUUUCAUGAAAAGGGAACUCUUUUGAAUUUGAAGGGGAUCCCGACUGCUGUUAGCCUGUAUUCGUUCUGUUAUUGCGCUCAUCCAGUUUUCCCCACUCUGUAUACUUCCAUGAGAAACCAGAAGAAAUUUUCAAAGGUGUUGCUCAUCUGCUUUCUCGUUUGUACUAUUAGCUACGCGUCAAUGGCAGUUUUGGCAUAUCUGAUGUUUGGCUCUAAGGUACAAUCUCAAGUAACCUUGAACCUUCCAACGAACAAAAUCAGCUCUAAAGUGGCAAUUUACACCACACUCGUGAACCCAAUAGCGAAAUAUGCUUUGAUGGUGACACCAAUUGUGCGAGCCGCAGAAAAUCGUUUUCAAUCUUUCCACAACAGAAGACUCGCAGGUGAUGGUUUUGGAUACAUACACGAUGAUAUCGAUGGGGGAUUAGAUUUGUCAAAGAUGGGUUGCGGAAUAAAUUGA